AUGAACCCGUCAGAGCGCACAAAAGAGGCGCUCCUCGCAAAGACAGAAGCAUUAUGCAAGUCCAUUGUGGACAAUCGUAGAGAUGACCCCUGGGGCGGCGAUGGCUAUCUAUCUACUAUACUCCGGACUGUCAAGAUGCACGAAGCCACUGAAUACUCCUCGGUACUAAAUAAGACCGAGUAUGAGCCUGCACUGGAUUACUCAACCUCGGCACACAAGGAGCUACUGAUCAAAGAACAAAGCGCUGCAUUGAUUAAGACCGCCCAGGACAUCUCGACCCUCAUCCGUGAUUUACAGGAACUCUGGCUCUUCGGUGGCCUUGAUACUCUCGCCGAUCCUGCAGACGAAGAGGCAAACCGCAAGAAAGCUUUAGCGGUUGCGGAGAUGAUUGAGACUUUAGCAAAACAGGGGCCUGCUGACGUGCGAAAGAACGACGCUGGCCUAGUCAAGGAGGAAUCAAACGGCAGAGGAGAGUCAUGA